UAAGGCUUUUACGCCUACUAGUCAUUCCCACUUAGGCUACGUGUGCGUCACUGCGCUUACGUGUCGUCGUGACGCCAGUCUCGCGUGAUGAGACUUGCGGCGCUAGGAUUUUCUGUAAAACAGGAGGUUGCAGUUGACAUUUUUUGCGGGAGUUGGUCCUGCUUUUCUCACUGGACACGUGUACAUUGAUAUGUGAAUAAUGAAGACCGUACUUAUGGUUGCAGAGAAGCCUUCAUUGGCCCAGUCCAUUGCAAAGAUUCUUUCUAGAGGGAAUGCCUCAUCUCGCAAAGGCCUAAAUGGUGCGUGCUCUGUGCAUGAAUACACCGGAUCAUUUAUGGGACAGAAUGUGCGCUUCAAGAUGACAUCUGUCUGUGGUCAUGUUAUGAGCUUGGACUUUAUAGGGAAAUAUAACAACUGGGACAAAGUGGAUCCAGCAGAGCUUUUUAGCAAAGCACCGACCGAGAAGAAAGAAGCCAACCCAAAACUAAAUAUGGUCAAAUUCUUACAGGUGGAAGGACGUAGCUGUGACUAUGUUGUUCUUUGGCUGGAUUGUGAUAAAGAAGGAGAAAAUAUUUGCUUUGAGGUUUUAGAUGCUAUACAUCCUGUUAUGAACAAAGCCCAUGGUGGGGAGCGGACAGUAUACCGGGCCAAGUUUAGCUCCAUUACUGAUACAGACAUCCUGAAUGCAAUGAACAGACUUGGGGAGCCCAAUAAGAAUGAAGCCCUAUCUGUGGAUGCCAGGCAAGAGCUGGACCUGAGAAUUGGUUGUGCCUUUACAAGGUUUCAGACAAAGUAUUUUCAAGGAAAAUAUGGCAACUUGGACAGCUCUUUAAUCUCCUUUGGACCAUGUCAAACACCAACACUUGGAUUCUGUGUGGAAAGACAUGAUAAGAUCCAGUCUUUCAAACCUGAGACUUACUGGGUCCUUCAAGUCAAGGUGAGCCAUGGACAGGAACACCCACUGUCACUAGAUUGGGACCGGGUGCGAGUCUUUGACAGGGAGAUUGCCCAGAUGUUUAUAAAUAUCACCAAGACUGCAAAGGAGGCACAGGUAGAGUCUGUAAGCAAGAAGGAAAAGGCCAAACAGAGGCCGCAAGCAUUAAACACUGUGGAAAUGCUGCGUGUGGCUAGUUCUGCACUGGGAAUGGGUCCUCAACACACUAUGCAAAUUGCAGAGCGUCUAUAUACCCAAGGCUACAUCAGCUAUCCUCGAACAGAAACCACCCACUAUCCUGAAAACUUCGACUUGAAAGGAACACUGAAGCAGCAGGCUAACAACCCUUUCUGGGCUGAUACGGUUAAAACUUUGCUUGCUGAGGGUAUUAAUCGCCCAAGAAAAGGAGCUGAUGCUGGAGACCAUCCACCAAUUACACCAAUGCGUUCAGCUACAGAAUCAGAACUUGGCGGUGAUGCUUGGAGACUGUAUGAGUACAUCACUCGGCACUUCAUUGCAACCAUCAGUCAUGACUGUAAAUACCUCCAGACCAGUAUUGCUUUCAGCGUGGGCCCUGAGAUGUUUACCACCACUUGCAAAGAGGUGAUCUCACCAGGAUUCACAGAAAUUAUGCCCUGGCAAGGUAUUCCAAAGGAAGAGAGUUUUGAGUCGUGUCAAAGAGGGGACAAGUUCAGUGUGGAUGAGAUGAAGCUGGUGGAAAAGCAGACGUGCCCUCCAGAUUACUUGACUGAAGCUGAGCUCAUCACUUUAAUGGAAAAGCAUGGCAUCGGAACUGAUGCCAGCAUUCCAGUGCACAUUAAUAAUGUCUGCCAGCGCAACUAUGUGACAGUGGAAAGUGGGCGCAGACUGAAGCCCACUAGCCUGGGCAUUGUAUUGGUGCAUGGAUAUUAUAAGAUAGAUGCAGAACUGGUGCUUCCAACUAUCCGCAGUGCAGUGGAGAAGCAGCUCAACUUGAUUGCUCAGGGGAAAGCAAAUUUCCAGCAAGUGCUCGAUCACACCUUGGAUAUCUUUAAGAGGAAAUUCCACUACUUUGUGGAUUCCAUAGCAGGUAUGGAUGAGUUGAUGGAAGUGUCAUUCUCACCUCUGGCUGCAACUGGCAAACCAUUGUCCCGCUGUGGAAAAUGUCAUCGAUUUAUGAAGUAUAUUCAGGCCAAGCCUAGCCGCCUCCACUGCUCUCACUGUGAUGAUACUUACAGUCUUCCUCAGAAUGGCACAAUCAAACUGUACAAAGAACUGCGCUGCCCACUAGAUGAUUUUGAAUUGGUUUUGUGGUCAUCAGGGUCCCGAGGGAAAAGCUACCCUCUGUGUCCAUACUGCUACAAUCAUACCCCUUUCAGGGACAUGAAGAAAGGGAUGGGCUGCAAUGAGUGCACACAUCCUACCUGCCAGCACUCACUGAGCAUGCUGGGAAUUGCUCAGUGUGUUGAGUGUGAAAGUGGCGUAAUGGUCCUUGACUCCACCUCUGGUCCAAAAUGGAAGAUGGCCUGUAAUAAAUGCAAUGUCAUCGUGCAUUUCUUUGAGAACGCACAUCGUGUGCGGGUGUCUGCAGAGACUUGUGAAGCAUGCGACGCUGCACUGGUUCAUGUCGACUUCAACAAGGCAAAGAGUCCACUACCUGCAGAUCAAACACAACACACUGGCUGUGUGUUCUGUGACUCUGUAUUUCAGGACCUAGUAGAGCUAAAACAUGCCACAAUGAAACACCCCAUGCACAAGGGUGGGCAGGGAAGAAGGCAAGGUAGAGGAAGAGGCAGGGGCAGAAGGCCAAACCCCAAAAAACCCAAGGAUAAAAUGGCAGCCCUAGCUGCCUACUUUGUAUAACUUGGGCAAUAAUAUGUCACAUAAAGCAACAUACUCUACAGGUCCUAAGGCCGAAGAGAAAGGGCUAGGAAUAAAUAAGCAGCUUCAAAAAUGUGAUUAGCAGAAAUAAUAUGUACACUGUCACAAUUACAGACUGUAAAACUUCUCUUUUCCUUAUAAUAAGGACUGAACUUGGAGAUGGGCAUCAUCUACGCAAUCUAAUACAGACCUGGCCUGAUAUUAAAAUAGGGGUUUGACAAUACAUAUUUUAUUUGUCUGAUCCCAUGCUCUUUAGUUUUACAUUUUUAUGUAGUUGGCUUGUGCUGCAUCACAGACUCCAGCUAUUGGAAUAGUACAACUGUCUUUUUGAAGUGAGCAGCCAUAUUUUUACUGUCCAUACAUGUCAUCUGGCUCCCAGCUGCCCAAAAGUGCAUUUGUAACAAUAAAAUAUCUAGCAUUGCAUGGGUUUACAAUGACCCCUCUGUUAGGGUUUUGGAAAUACAAACAUUUUGACAAAUAAGGUUUGUCAUAGAUUUUAAACAAGAAAUACUGGUGGACGUAUUGACAUGUUCUGUACACCACUGCCCACAUCAACUAUUCGGAGCUUUUCACUUCUUCCGUAGUUGCUGCUAGGACCUUCAAUAGUAAUGUCUGUUAGGGGUAAGCUAUUCAGGGACUGAUCCCUAAAACAUACAAUCUAAAAGCCUCUCCUGCCAACAAAAUUCAGUAUACUAUGAAUAUCUUGGAUGAUUAAAAUUUUUUUUAAAUA